AUGGCUACGGGAUUAGACACCGAUCGCGGUUCACUGGUUGUGUCUGGAGAAGCAUCUGAAAGACUGAGAACACUGGUACAACAAGUAAAGGACGAUGCAAUCGACAAGGAGGAAAUCGUGCGUGCUCUAAACAAGAUCUACAGAGCAGUUCAAAGUCUUUACAUUGCCCAAAAACGAGAGAUUCUGGAUAAUGACAGCGAGUUCAGUGACAUGCUGAACUCUUUUGACACCGAGGAUGAAAGCAAGAGCGUUGAUGGUGGAGGGAAGGAGAGAUCCACUAGGGAAAAUGCCAAUAAUUGGAGUUUUGACGUAUUUCGUCUUAAUUCUCUCGUAGAGGGCCAUGUGCUGACCUAUGUGGGCGUUAAAAUAUUUCGACGCCACCGAAUUUGUGAUACUUUCAACAUUCCUUGUAGAGUACUGGAGGCAUUCCUUUCACAACUUGAAUGCGGUUACAGCAAAUACAACAACCCAUAUCACAAUCUAAUCCAUGCUGCAGACGUUGUUCACACCUGCAACUCCAUCAUGGAGGGUUCUGGCUUAAUUGAUUUAAUGACAAAUGAGGAGAAAUUCGCCAUGCUCUUCGCUGCGCUCAUUCACGACUUUGAACAUGCCGGCACAACAAACGCUUAUCAAAUAAACGUAAGAGAUAUUCGACGUCUUGUCAUUGAAAUGGUUCUCAACACGGACAUGUCCUUGCACUUUUCGCAAAUCAAAACUGUGACUAAACUCAUUAGGCUUCCUGAACCGAUCGAACGACCUAAAGCCUACUCUCUCAUUCUACACGCAGCUGACAUCUCUCAUCCUACUAAAUCCUGGGAACUCCAUGAGAAAUGGACGCAAAUGUUGGUGGAGGAAUUCUUCAACCAGGGUGACUGUGAAACCGCUCGAGGACUUCCUGUUUCUCCACUUUGCGAUCGGAAAACAACUAUGGUGUCCCAAAGUCAAGUCGGUAAGACUCUAGUCAUUCUAAAAUUCAUAAAGGUGGCUGAAGUUAGGCAGUACAAGUAA